UUAAUGUAAUGAAAAAACAUUUAGAAAUUGGAGGAUAUUAAGUUGAUGUGCCUACUGUUAUUGCUUUAGUGGAAAGUCCCUACGAAAGUUUACAAAAUUUAGGAAUAAAAAUUUUAACAAUACUAUCAGAUCCAAACAAAUCGAAAAUAGGAAAUUAUGAAUAGUAGUUUGAAAAUUAUAUCAAAUAAAUUAAUGAGUUAACUUUGUAAAGAAACAAAAAAUAGGAAUUCGUUAAUAAUACUUUGAAAACAGUUUCUAAUUUAGCAUUGAAAGAUUCUAUUAGACCUCAUAUUAUUCAUCAUAAAGGAAUUGAAAUUUUACUAGCACAUUUGAGAAAUGAUUAGAAUGUGGAAGGAUAAAGGAUUUCAGCUAAAGGCUUACUUAAUCUAUCUAUUGGAUCAAGAGAUAUUAAAAUGAGGAUUGUUGGAGAGUUAGCCGAAGAAAUUCAAUUAAUGCAUAAAAAUGAAAUAGAUUCUAUUGUUUAUGGGUAUAUUUAAACAUUGCUUGUUUCUAAAGAUAAUAAGAAAGAUUUUCCGGACAUAUGA